AUGGAACGGGCAAACCGGGGAUUGGCGAAAUUGAAUAGAGGCUCAGAUAAAAAGGAAGAGGCACGAAUCAAAACACUCGACCAAGCAAACUGGGAUCAAUUUAUUGCACCUGCUCCCAUGUCAAUUGCACUCUUGGGACAACUCAUCCUUGUCUCUGCCGAUACAGACUUCUCCCUGAACGACGAUGGAACUUCAUUCAAACAUCUCAAACAUCCAAAAUCAUUUCGAGCAUGCUUAGUUCAGGUAAGCAAUGGUGGCUACAAGGCGUUUAAUACAGCCCACACUAACAUGGAUCAAAUACGUUUGUACUCUGGUAACGUCGAUGCUCAUGUUAGGACGGCUAUGAGAAUCCUGCUUGGAGGAACUUCAAGUGAGGUGGAACUAAUGCUACCAAAUUCUCUUCGUGCCAUUGAAAAAAUCGCUAAAGAAUGUGUGACGUUGUCUUGUUCAGCUGAAGAAGAAUUCCUGGGAGUAAUGGAGUUGAUUGGUGAGCUUUUAGAAGCAUGUACAAAAGCUCAAGGACGGAACACAAAAGAUUCAGGAAAAACCAAGAUAGCGGUCGAAGUUCUCAAUACAUACAAAAAAAAAUAUCGAAGUAAGAAAGGCAGAUGCCGAAAAGAAGAAAAACGAAAUGCUUCAAACAAUACAAACCUCCCGGAAAGUAACGAUAAGGAUCUACGAGCUAAAGUAAAAGCCAUCUUGACCAAAAGUGUUCAAAUCUGCGAAGAGCUAAACGAGCUUGCUAGUAUGAUGAAUAUUAACAAGGAGAAAGUGAAAGAUUUGACCAAAAGAGCAGAGAAGUUGUCUUUCGAGUCCGAAAGUUUGAAAGUGGCAUUUGACGUUGCUCAAGGAGCUAGUCCAAUAGUCAAUAACCCACCACACUUGGAAAAAUUAGCUAAACAACGAACAAGUGGUGACGGUGGCGACUUGGUUAAGUCGGCUAUAGAAGUGGCAAGAUUCAAAACAGAAACAGCAAAGGUAAUGUUGCAGGAUUCUCGAGAUAGAUACGAUAGGUCAUGUGAAAUACUUGCUCAGCAGAUGAAGGAAUAUGGUAAUGUAUUAGCAAAGCUGGCUGAACAGGAUCUGAAAAAGAUUGACAUUGAAACAAUUCGACAGAUUCUGAUUAAAGGAAUGAGAGUACUCGGCGAGCUGCAAGAGAAAUGGGGAAAACUUGUGCAGUUUUUCCAAAUGCUUUCAAAUCUUGUGAAAUGCUCGCUUGAAUCUUCCUUGGAACUCUUCACCAGUACGACCCGCAAUAGCGCAAAACUGGGCGCGAAAGGUGAAAUCAUGUCUAACACCAUGAGAGAUGUACUUUUUGAGCAAGCAUUUGGGGCUAACAAGAUUGCUUAUGUCGUAAACAGCAUUUCUGAUGCAUACUGCGAUAUAUCGCAGGCGUAUCUGAUGCCACAGGUCAUCCACCUUGGCCGCCUAAUUGCUCUGAACCCCGCAACAGAUCAAAGGGAGAUUAAUUUAAAGCGAGAAGAACUAAACGAUGGCUGCAUGACGGCUCAGGAUGCCAUCAAACAAAUAGCAAGAAAAAAGAGAAGGGAAAUCGAUCAGAUUUUUGAAAAGAGAAUAAAAAAAAUCGAGGAUGAAGUGGAAGCAUUGAUGCCUCCAUUACCGAAGGAAAAAAUUCUUGAAAUAAAAGAGAAGGCAAAAGCAACAUUACGUCUUGGAAAGAACACAAUUGAAGAGGAUGUUGAUUACUACGCUUAAACGCAAAGUUAAGACUUACUGCAUAUUUUUUCAUGAUAAACACUAAAAACGUACUGUAUAAACUUACAAAUAUAAUUACUAAUUUCAUAAUUACUUUCUUUAGCUUUAAUCUUAACUUAACUUACUUUAAUUUAACGUACAGUAGAGCUACAUUUUUGCUGUGUCAUGCUUAUCUUAUUACGCGUAGUCACUAGCCAUUCAAAUGGUUUUUUUGACUAAUAGGAAUGAGAAAAUCGCUUAUGGUAGCUAGUAAACUAAUUACGUAAAUAAAAACGAAGUGCACCUACUAAGUAUUCCCUAUACUGUGAUAAAAUGAAGCAAUGUUAUUUUACUUGAAAUCAGUGA